AUGAAUUUUAGAAAUGGUGGUCCAUCUUGUUCAAUAUUUUGUAUGAGUUUUAUAUUAUUGAAUCAACUUAAUAAUGAAUAUAGUAUCGAUAUUUUUCAACGUGUGCGUGCACUACAACGACAACGACCUGCUAUGAUUACAUCAUUCGCACAAUAUGAAUAUCUCUAUGAAAUGAUUUUUAAAUAUUUAGAUCAAUCAUUCAAUCUUCUACCUGUUAAAUCAUCUCUAUCAUUAAAUAACAGUAUCUAUGAUAAUGAUCAAGAAAACCCCUAA